AUGGGAACAUUUAAGACACAACUUCUUUGGGAGAGCAUAAACAAGGGUGACCUUACAAAUACCAUAAAUCUCCUGGAAAAUGGCACCAUUAAUCCGGAGGAGAGAGAUGAGAAUGGGAGGACUUUUCUUAUGCUGGCCUCAGAGACGGGAGAACUGAACAUUGUCCGAGAGCUGUUGGAGUAUGUGGACACAAACGCUGUUGAUAAUGACAACUGGAGUGCCUUGAUGUGUGCUACUAAAGGUGGACACUUGGAGGUUGUCAUAGAACUCUGUGAGAAAGAUGCCAACAUAGAGCACAGAGAUAUGAUGGGUUGGACAGCUCUGAUGUGGGCCUGUUAUAAAGGCUGGGAUGAAAUAGUCAGCGAGCUGCUGGACAGGGGAGCUAACUGUAACAUCAAGGCAGAGUUCAACAUGACAUGCCUGUCUUGGGCAGCUGGACGAGGUCACACAGAGAUUGUCAAGGAACUGUUACAGCAUGGAGCAAAGGUCAACAUGGCAGACAAGUAUGGGACAACUCCUCUAAUCUGGGCUUCAAGGAAGGGAUAUCUAGAGAUUGUCGAGGCUCUACUUCAGGAGGGAGCCAAUGUGGACACCACAGGCAUGAAUUCCUGGACAGCUUUACUGGUGGCAACCAAGUAUGGAAACUCUGAAGUGGUCAGCCAGAUUCUGGAGUUUGACCCUAAUGUCAAUGCUGUUGAUAAGGAUGGCUUUUCAGCACUGACCAUUGCAGCCAAGGAGGGCUAUAUAGAGACAGCACAUGACUUGCUGGCUAAGGGUGCUUAUGUUAACAUUGCAGACAGAGCUGGAGACACCAUCUUGAUCCAUGCAGUAAAGAGUGGUCAUGUGGAGAUUGUACGAGCCCUUCUGAACAAGUAUGCUGAUGUAGAUGUCCAGGGUGCGGAAGGAAAGACAGCGACCUAUUGGGCAGUAGAGAAAGGUCAAGUGGACAUCCUUCGAUCAUUGCUUGAUAACAAUCCUGACCUUGAAAUCAGUACAAAGGAUGAGGAUACACCCCUGAUGCGAGCUGUGAGGAACAGAAAUGAACAGUGUGUCCGUCUUUUACUUGACAAGGGUGCAAAGGUGUCAGCUGUGGACAAGAGAGGUGACAAUGCUUUACACAUCUCACUGCGUGCGAGGAGUAAACGUAUCACAGAGCUUCUGUUGAGAAACCCUCGUAAUGGUCGCCUGUUAUACCGCUCAAACAAAUCUGGAGACACACCCUACAACAUUGAUGCUUACCACCAGAAGAGUAUCCUCACUCAGAUAUUUGGCCAUCGAAACCUGAACGCUAAUGAUGGUGAAAACUUGUUGGGUUACAACAUUUACACAAGUGCCCUGGCUGAUAUACUUAGUGACCCAGCCCUAAACACACCUAUUACCGUGGGACUGUACGCUAAGUGGGGCAGUGGAAAGUCCUUCCUUCUUGGCAAGUUACAGAGUGAGAUGAAGUCAUUUACUAAGGAGAGUGUAGAGGAACACUUCACUCCGUUCUGUUGGGCUUUAUUCUUCCUUGUUUUUAUCCUAAAUACUAUCAUUGGUGUCACCAUUGCUCUGAUCUGGGGCUGGCAGUAUGGCCUAGGGGUCUGCCUUGGUUUGUUCCCUUUACAGUACUUUGGUCUGGGUAUGGUGUACCAUCUUGCCCAGAAGUAUGAAACACACGUUGCAGUGUUGAUCAGUCUUUCAUUGGGGAGGAAGAUGUUACUACUCAAACUACUACUUAAAGUGUUGUUCUGUAUUCCUGCUCAGUGGCCACAGCAAGUCAAUGACAGCCACACAGUCAAGUUUCUGUUUUCUGAGAGCACUCGUCUGGUGAGUGUGGGAGGAGAGAAGUCUUUGGCAGCCAUGGUGGGCACACUAGGUGAUGUUCUGGAGCAGGAAUAUGGAGUUCUUGUGGCAAGGCUCUUCAGGGUGUUCAAACCAAGCACCGGCAAAAUAUAUACUGGGGAGUUCAAGUCGCUGUGUUGUAUUCCGUACUUUCUGAUUGUGAUCAUCGUGAUGCUGUGUAUAGGUGUAGGCGUCACACUGCUGGUUACAAAUGGCAUCGACAAUGACAACACAGUGUCUGUCAAUGCUGCCAUGAUAACGUUUGCCUCUAUUGUGGGUCUGUCAAUCAUCAGUAAUGCUUUCACAUGGGGGAAAGCUCUGUUAGCACUGCUCCGCUCACAACAGUCAAGAAUCAACCAAGCUGCUGACAAAAUAGAUGUUAUCAAGAUGGAUGGCCUGAUGCAGAAACUCAAGUAUGAAGUGACGCUGAUGACUAAAAUGGUAACUUGUAUGGAUAAGUUUACGAGUGGUCAAACUCGCCUGGUGGUCAUUGUUGAUGGGCUGGACAGCUGUGAGCAGGACAAGGUCUUACAGGUGCUUGACAUCAUUAAAGCCUUGUUCUCGGAUGACGAUUCACCUUUCAUCACCAUUCUUGCUGUGGAUCCGAACAUUAUCAUAAAAGGCAUCGAGUCCAACCUAAAGCUGGACAUCCAUGACUCGAAUGUUAAUGGGUUUGACUACCUUAGGAACUCGGUACACCUUCCGUUCUACCUGCAGAGUCAGGGCAUCAAAAUAGAAAAACAGGACAUGGCAGGGAGCCCCACCCCUGGGGAUGAGUCACCAACUAGGACUAAGACUUAUCAGCAUCAAGAUUCUGUCUGGUCAUCCUACUCCAGUCUAGAUGGUAAAAAACGAACAUCUUCACGCAAGGAUACUGGUAGUCAUGCUUCUAAUCUAGAUAUAACCCACUCCCUGACCAAGAAUGACUAUUUCAGUGACAUCAACCCUCGCAGCAUGAGGCGCCUCAUGAACAUAGUGGCUGUUACAGGUCGACUGUUGCGUGCCUACAACAUAGACUUUAACUGGCAUCGUCUGGCUGCCUGGAUCAAUCUGAUAGAGCAGUGGCCCUACAGGGUGUCCUGGAUCAUUCUCUACUUUGAGGAAAAUGAAAUGCUGGACUCUUCAGUAACUCUGGCCUCACUUUAUGAAAGAGUGGUAGACAGUAUGCCAUCGUCUCGGGAUAUUGAGCCCCUGUUGGAGAUUGACCGUAACGCUCGUAAACUUGAAACUUUCCUGAGAACAGGAUCCAGAAGUAGUCCAAUCCUCAAUGUCGGUGACCUCAAAAAGUUUCUUCCUUGUGCCAUCAACCUGGAUCCUUAUCUUCGUAAACUUAUCAGAGAGAUGCAAAAGAAUACGGAUCUGUAUGGGCAAGGAAGCCCAUUCCCUGUGAAUAACCCCAAACCUGGCCCUAUGGCUGGCCCAAUGAUGGGACCAAUGGGAGGGCCGUUGGCAGGCCCAGUCCGUGGACAAGACUCGCAACAUCUGCAGCGACGACAAGUAUCACGGGCCCCCGGAGCAGGGUUGUCAUCCUACUCAAUGGACAGAAGUCUGCCCAUGGCACCUAUGCCGUACCCUUCUUAUCCAGGCAUGUUUCACCCACAGGCCUACAUGGGGAUGUCUUACACCCAUCCAUGUCAGAAUCCCUAUACUUUCAACUCACAGAGUAUGGGCAUGGACAGUGUUGAUUCAACAAUGCAAGUCAAAGUGGAGGGCUUUGAGGAGAAAAAGCUGAGCGUGCUUGGUGUAGAGGAAAUCUGUGAUAUGGUGUCAAAGAUCAAAGGAAUAAACAAUUCUAUGUUUGAACAAUAUCAGGCCUGUAUUCAUGACAACAACAUUUGUGGACUGGUCCUGUCAACCUGUGACCUUGGAGAACUGGGUAAGGUCAUCCACAUGAAAUUUGGAGAUUGGCAACUUUUUAAAUCUGCUGUUAUUUCAAUGAGAAAGAGAGAGGAAGAAUUGUUAAUAUUAGAAGAAGAACAGUUAGAGGCGAUGUCUUCCAGUAGAGAUGUCAGUCCAGAACAUAAUCUGGACAAGACAAGCGGAGAUCAGGAAACCAUGGAAACAGGUGUAGGGAAAAUACCCAGUGAGACUUCGUAUCAAAAUGGGAAAAAGAAAUCAAUACUAGUCACAGGUGAAAGUGUCAGACGGAAAUCUAACCCACACUCUAUGGAAAGGAAAAAAUCAGUUCAAAUCAGUGAUGAUGUGAUAUUUUCUGGCUAUCAGGACCAGCGAGGUAUGGGGUCAUAUCGUCCUUCUCUAGUUAAACAGGACUCUGUGUACAGCGGACAAAGUCAACGAUAUACACCUUCUGUGGAUAGCGACGAGUCUAAUAGAAGUAAAUCCAUGCUCCGUUCUGACAGUCUGGCAAAGCAGAUGGAGUUUGAAACUGGUCUCCUACACAAGGCCAUGAUGCAUUUCACAGAGGAGGACCUGGAUGAGUCGGAGGAUGAUGAUUGUUUACUCCUCAACUCUCCAGUCAAGUUCGGACUGGAUGAUUCUGAUUUUACGUCAAUAGAAAGUCCAAAAAAGGAGAGAGAUCCUCUUCUAAAGAGCAAAACAGAAAAACAGACAAAGAAUAAUGCUGUAGGAGCUUUAUCAACCAGUGUGGAAAAACUGAGUCGGCUGUUUACUUCAACUUCCUCUUUGUCCUUACCUAGUAGUAGUCCCAGUGGGAACCCCCAGGAAUUUUCCACCACACCUUUACUUCCUGUAGGAGGGGGCUCUACUUCCACAUUUCCUAAUGACUCCGUGGACAUUGUGAAUGAAAUGAGUUCUCAAGGAGCAACUUCCUUAGGAGCGGAAUCACAGCUUCCUAAAGAUGUGAGGACUUUAAAGGAGAGUGUUGAAGCUUUUAUGGCGUCUUCUGAGGACCAAUCUCCUAUAGAACUUGCCCACAAAGGUUCCAUCCAAUUCAAACCUUGUAGAUCUGAUGAACACUUAAUGGAAAUUGAAGAUAAGGAAUCUAAUGUAUAAGAGACUGAUACAUAAGACCUAAUGGUUUGCUGUUUUUAAUUAUUGA